UCAAAGCAGAGGAAUUCGGAAAAGCUUUGAAUACGGCUGUUAGCGAUGUGAGAAUGGAGGAUAGUGCGGCCAUUCCCGGAACCAAGAGGACUACCUCGGACCAGAGCACCCUGCCAACGCCGAUCAGUGCGGACUAACAGGGAGCCCCUCACCGCCCUUCCUCUUGAAUUUUUUUCCAUGUUUAGUGUUUUUAGCUGGAAUUGUCGUGGGGCCAAAAGCCCCAAGUUUCUUGCUGCUUUCAAAGAUUAUAUGCUUGCUUCCAAACCCAAUAUCGUAUUCAUCGUCGAGCCAAAAAUCAGUGGGAAAGAGGCUGAUGCGGUGAUUGCUAAAAUGGGUUUCGAUUGCUUUGAGAAAAUUGAUGCCGUCGGCUUCUCCGGGGGAAUUUGGGUCCUCUGGAAGGCUGCGGAAUUGUUGGUUACUGAUGUAGACAGAGAUCCUCAGUUCAUUCACUUUCGUUGUUUAAACUUGCAGGAUAACCACACUGUGGAAAUGACGGCGAUUUACGCGAAGCCGAACGACCACGACCGCCUCCCGCUUUGGGACUCCCUUCGACGUAUUGAGCAGAACAUGAGGAACCCAUGGCUUCUUGUUGGGGACUUUAACUCCAUCUGCAAUCCUUCUGAACGGCAGGGGGGAGCGGGGUUCAAUGCUCAGAGAACUUCUCAUUUCAAUGCUUGCAUCAAUGACUGCAGCUUGAUCGAUGUGGGGUAUACAGGUCCGCGAUUUACCUGGACUAAUGGCAGACUUUUGCAACGCCUCGAUCGCGCCCUUUGCAACAGGGAUUGGAUUGACCACUUCCCAGAUACUUUGAAUACGCACCUGCCCCGGAUUCGUUCAGAUCACCGUCCUAUUCUCAUCAGGAGUUCAAUUGUUAAUCGGACUCCCAACAAGGAAAGACCCUUCCGGUUUCUGGCGGCCUGGCUAUCCCAUGAAACGUUCCAAAGUACCAUUGAAGCAGCCUGGAAACACGGUGGGGAUUUUAAUCUUUCCCUCCUUGAUCUUCAAGUAGCCCUCCAAACCUGGAAUAAAGAUGUCUUCGGGAACAUUUUCAAGAGGAAGAGAUCCCUUUCAAAGAUGCUGGUUAAAUGGGAGCUUAUCAACGAUCACAAACCCAAUCCAAGGACUAUUCAAGAGGAAACCCGGGUAAGGGAAGAGCUAGAGCAAACCCUCUGGCAAGAGGAGCUUCUUUGGAUGCAGAAAUCUAGAGAUAACUGGAUCAACAACGGUGACAGCAACACGCCCUUCUUUCACACUUCCACUUUAGCCCGGAGGAGAAGGAACAAGAUCCUCAGAUUGCAAAAUGAUGAUGGAGUAUGGGUUGAAGAUCAGGAUAUGUUGCAGAAUAUGGCCCGGGACUUUUAUAUCGAGCUAUUCACUGCAGAUACUGCUACAGUCCAGAAUCUUGGCGCGGGAUUUAAGACAGUGGAUGCUUCCCGAAUGAGCAGGCUGGCUUCUACUCCGUCUGUGGAAGAAAUCCGCGGUAUCAUCAAGAACAUGGGGAGCCUGAAAUCCCCUGGUAAAGACGGGUUCCACGCUAUAUUCUACAAACGCUGCUGGAAUACCAUUCAGGUUGAGCUCCGGGAACUCAUUGACAGCUGCUUCCAUAAUCCAGAGAAGAUUAGAUACUGUAAUGCGACAUUGCUCACCCUACUGCCUAAGGUGGACAGCCCGAGUAAUAUUACUCAAUUUAGACCGAUUGGUUUAUGCAAUGUCAGCUAUAAGAUCGUAGCGAAGUGUCUGGCUGAUCGUCUCAAGCUGUUGAUGGCGGAUCUUGUUGAUGAGAACCAAACCAGUUUUGUGCCUAAGCGACACAUAACCAGCAAUAUAAUCAUCCUUCAGGAGAUCAUUCAUUCCAUGAAUCAGAAGAAGGGGGAGAAGGGACUGAUGGUGCUGAAAGUCGAUCUGGCUAAGGCAUAUGACAGGAUUAACUGGAGCUUCCUCAAAUCUACUCUGGAGGCCGCUGGGUUUCCUCAGGAUUUCAUCUCUCUAGUGAUGGCCUGUGUUACGACAGCUAGUUUCCAGGUGCUUUGGAAUGGGAACUGCACGGAGGAGUUCAAACCCACGCGCGGACUUAGACAGGGAUGUCCUCUUUCUCCUUACCUUUUUACUUUAUGUAUGGAGCGCUUAAAUCAUAAUAUUAAAAAGUGUGUGGAGGUUGGGGACUGGAAACAGAUCUGCCUGUCUAAGAAUGGACCACAGCUAACCCAUCUGUUUUUUGCAGACGAUCUGGUGCUGCUAGCAGAGGCAGAUGUUAGACAAGCCAGGACUGUGAUGGGCUGCCUUGACCAAUUUUGCUCAGCUUCUGGAGAGAAAGCCAGCAAAGAGAAGUCAAGAGUGUAUUUCUCGAGGAAUACUAAGGAUAGUACCAAGAACAGGUUAAGCAGCAUAAUGGGAAUCCCUCGCACUACUAAUCUCGGCAAAUACUUGGGAGUACCUGUUAUCCACGGUCGCAUCACGAAGGAAACCUACAAGUAUAUCCUGGAGAAUAUUGACAGAAGGCUCGCGAACUGGAAAACGAAGAGUCUCUCGCUUGCUGGACGGGUCACCUUGGCUACCUCCGUCCUGAAUGCUCUUCCUAACUACGUCAUGCAGACCGCGGUCUUACCCUGUCAUGUUUGUGAUAUAAUUGACAAGAAGAUUAGGGGAUUUGUCUGGGGCAGGGAAAGUGGCAAGGCAAAAACCCAUCUCGUCACCUGGGAGUCAAUCUGCAAGCCUAAGGAGGAGGGUGGUCUCGGGCUUCGAUCGGCCAGAGCUCUGAACCUUGCCUACCUGAUGAAGCUUGGCUGGCAGUUUCUUAACAAUGAAGAAGACCUUUGGGUUAGGGUGCUCCAUGGCAAAUAUGUGGAACACAACGGUGAUGGCAGUGUCUCUUUCAGGCAGAAUAGUACCUCCAGACUCUGGAAAGGAAUGAGGGAGGCCCUGCCCCUUGUGAAACAACAUACCAUCUGGGAUAUUAGAAACGGCAGGAGCGUCAGAUUCUGGGAUGAUCAGUGGUUGGCAGCAGGACUGGCUUUGAAAGACUAUAUCACAAACAAUGGGCAUGACAUUCAAAGGGACCUCUCAGUAGCUGAGAUGGUGGAUUCAUCAGGUGAGUGGAAAUGGCAAACUAUUAGUAACCAUCUUCCUGACCCAAUGCUCUGUCUACUUGCAGGUACAGAUGCGCCGGUCCAUGAAGCAGGGGAGGAUACCACUAUAUGGAGUCUGGAAAAUGACGGACAGUUCCGGCUUGGCAGCGCGUACAGAGCGGCGGUGGACUGGCUGCAAGAAGAUACAGAGAAGGAAGUUGAUGUGAACAACCAACCAAAGUGGAUGAAUGUUUGGAAAUGGCCCGGACCAAACCGCAUACGGCACUUCCUGUGGCUGUCCCUUCAUGAUCGCCUCUUGACAAACUGUGAGAGGAAGCGGAGGAAGCUGUGCGAUAGUGAUGUGUGCGAGAUCUGCAAAUCAGAACCAGAAACGGCGGAGCACGUUAUUCGAACAUGCCCUAUGGCUAGACAGGUAUGGGAUUCACUUGGUAUUAUUGAGACCUCCCUCACACAUGGUUUAAACUUUGCAGGCUGGUUGGCGACAAAUCUGAAACGCGAGGAGACAAAGUUGCUGUUCGGGGUGGCGGCUUGGUACCUGUGGAGAAGAAGAAACGAGCUAGUCUUUGAACACAAAUUCCAGGAGGCUGGCGUCCUUGCACACCGGAUUAAAGCCUGGACGUCAACAAUAAAGAGAGCUCAGGACAACAAUCAGGAACUUUCCACCGAGACGACGACUACUAAAAGCAGACAGGAGCUUUCUUGGCAGCCACCCCCCACCGGAUGGAUAGUAGUUAAUUCGGAUGGCUCCGUUCAGCAACAUAACUCGGCGGCAGCAGCAGGGGGGUUGCUUCGCGACCACCUCGGCCGGUGUGUUGGUGCCUUCGUCGCGAAUCUCGGCAGUUGCUCCAUAACCAGGGCUGAGAUCGUUGGAGCCCUCACAGGACUGCAGAUCGCUUGGGAUCAAGGCUACAGAAAAGUCCUUCUCAGGCUUGACUCUACUGCAGCUAUGGACUUCUUAACUUCAAAGGAUCAUGAUAGCAGGCGCUACCACAACCUCACCAGGAGAUUUCAGGAGUUGUUGAAAAGAAAUUGGGAGGUUCAUAUCUCUCAUUCUUACCGCGAGUGCAACAAAGCGGCUGAUUAUUUGGCCAAUAAGGCCCAUGGCUUCAGGCUAGGCACUCAUUGUUUUGAUAUUUCGGAUUCGGGUCUUAAUUUUUGGAUCCUGUAUGACACUUUGGGUAUCACCCAAGAUCGUUUAAUUUAAGUACCAGGCAGGGGCGCCCUUUUAGCGUCCCAUUUUCUACCAAAAAAAAAAAAAUAUUCUAACAAUUCCAUCCAGAUUCAUUGAGUAUUGAUAGUCAAUCAUAUUUAACAUGUACUUUAUUGAUAACCCAUACAUCACAUUCGUAUGAAAUCUGUAUUUAACUUCUCUACUUAGUUCAAUCGAGUUAGAAAGAAGGGAUAGUAGAAAGCAGGAUGGAAUGUGAAAUGCUGUUGAAAUGUGCUUGCUAUGUGUUGCUCAAUACUCAGGCCUAACUCUUAAGUAUAGUAGGAAUUUUUAGUUGAAGGACUAAUAAGGAACAAAUGACAAU